GUAAAUAUUUAUAAUGAACGAUCGAAAUGAAUUUUCAAAGUGUGUUUACUUGCCGGUGCCUUUUUUGAGAGCAGUCUGUUGGCAAACGUCAUUACCAUAUGAUAUUCGAUUAUAUCUUCAAUUUGAUAUUGAUGAUUAUAUCGGAUAUCAAACGGAUAAUGAAAUGACAGCGACUGCAACACAGAAAGAUCAAAUCUGUGAAAGUCUCAAGAAUACGAAUGGCACCGAAUGCAACAUGGUAGCAAUUGGGAAAACAUCCAAACGAAUAGUAUUGGCAACAAAGGAUUGCUUUGCGUAUGAUGUUCCAAUCAAUUCCUUGGAUGGGCCCAUGAUAAAUUACACCUUCCAACCAAAUAAAUAUCCCCUUCCUCAUAAUAAUAAAAACUUUAUUAAUAACAACUAA